AGCACCAAAGCAGUCAAGAAAUAGUGCCAGAAAACUAAGUCCAGGAUGCAAAUUGCAUUCAUCUCAAGCCCCCAAGGAGCCAACAAACUGCAGGUUUAAAAUCCAAGUAACCACCCUGCCGAUCAGCAACAUGCUGGGGAUAAACUGCUCCCGCUCUGCUCUUUUUACAACAAAUGCCACAGUUUUCAGUGGCGUGGGCUGCCCCAAGGCUGCUGUGGUGUGUGGAAUGAAUAUCUCCUGGGUGUUGGCUCACAGUACUGCACAAGAUCUAGAUGACAUGUGCUUGAGUGAGGAGGAGUACCUGUCCAAACAGUUGGGGCUUCCAAGGUCCCCUGCAUUCCUUCCUGUCUCUGUCAUCUACCUCACCAUCUUUAUGGUGGGUGUACUGGGCAAUUCUCUGACCUGCAGUGUCAUUUUGCGCCACAGGGUGAUGCAGACGCGCACCAACUACUACUUGCUGAGCCUGGCGGCGUCUGACCUGCUGGUGCUGCUCCUGGGCAUGCCAUUAGAGCUCUAUGAGAUGUGGCAGAACUACCCCUUCCUGCUGGGGGAGGAGGGUUGCUACUUCAGAACAUUCCUGUUUGAAACCGUCUGCUUCGCUUCCAUCCUCAAUGUCACGGCUCUCAGUGUGGAGCGCUACGUGGCAAUUGUGCAUCCCCUCAAAGUCAAACACAUGACCACACGUGCUCACGUCAAGAGGGUCAUCUUAAUGCUGUGGGUGGUGUCCAUGCUGUGUGCUGUGCCAAACACUAGUCUGCAUGGCAUUGAGGUGGUGCUGCCUCCAAAGUUUGGACGACAGUUUCCCCAAUCUGCUAUCUGCCAUGUGAUUAAGCCUAUCUGGAUGUACAACCUGAUCAUCCUGAUUUCCACACUGGCCUUCUUCCUGCUCCCCAUGCUGAUAAUUAGCAUUCUCUACCUGCUCAUUGGCUUGCAGCUGUACAGGGAAAAGAUGAUAACAGUGGUGGACACCGGCUGUAGCUUUGGACCGGAAGGUUUGUCCAGGUCCCACAGCAAACGCAACCUGCAAGUCACCAAAAUGAUGUGUGUGCUGGUGGUUGUGUUUGGCCUUUGCUGGGCUCCCUUCCACGUGGACCGCUUGAUGUGGAGCUACAUUGACCCCUCGUUCGAGGAGCAUCAUCAGGUCUUCGGGUACGUCCACAUCGUCUCUGGAGUCCUCUUCUACCUAAGCUCUGCCGUCAACCCUAUCCUAUACAACCUCAUGUCAACCAGGUUCAGAAAAAUGUUCAGUCGCAGUACUUGUUUAUGUAACAACUGGCCGGUGCGCUCCAGCAUACGGUUGACCCAACGCAGCACGUUGAGCGAGAAAAUGCCCAACAGUAUCUAGUCGGGGCCAAAGGAAAAUGGUGUGGAUUGUAUCCUAUGGCCUACACAGUUGCCAGAUCUCAUUCCAGCACCAUCACCGACACACCCAAUGAGGGAAUUUUCUUUUGAAAAAUGUUGUAGAAG